AUGUCGGAUCAAAGCAAGAGCCUGAAGAAUGUCGAGUCGGGCAACGAAGAAGAAGAUUAUGAUGCUCAGGGCCGUGAGCGCUUCGGCUCUCGAUGGGCGUACCUGAUGACGGCCAUCGGGUACUCGGUUGGCCUCGGCAACAUUUGGCGCUUCCCAGCGGUCGCCUACAAAAAUGGAGGAGGCGCCUUCCUGAUCCCCUACUUCACCUGCACCGUGCUGUUCGGCAUGCCCAUUUUCUACUUGGAAUCUUUCGUCGGGCAGUAUACGCAAUCUAGCGUCCACCGUAUAUUCCACAAGUACAUGCCGGUGAUGCAGGGGCUCGGCUGGGCGAUGACGUUCUUGACGCAACAGGUGAACGUCUACUACCUGGUGGUCGUCGGCUGGUCGGUCAUCUACCUCUGGGACCUAUUUACCGGCCGCAGUCGCUACUGGACAGAGUGCGGGCAUGAGUGGAAUACACCCGAUUGCCUCCCGUCGGUGCGCGGAUAUGGCAAUUGCACCGCGCCAGCCCACGGCGAGCCCUUCGUCACGCAGAACAACGUGUGCUUCUACGGACUGGACGCCCUGAACGCAUCGCGCCGCCUGCGUGUGCCCACCGAAGAGUAUUUCGAGGAGUACAUUCUACUGCGCUCAACGGACAUCAGCGAGGGGCUGUUCGAGAUGAACUGGAAGCUUUUCGUUGCGAUGGUUUUCAUCUGGUCGCUGUGCGGGUUGAUGCUGUGGAAAGGCGUUAAUGUGAUGGGCAAGAUUGCCUACGUCACCGCGUUGUUGCCUUACGUGAUUGUUGGUAUCUUCUUCUUCCACGGCCUCUUCCUCCCCGGCAUGGGCAAAGGACUGUCAAAAUUCAUCGUGCCCAACCUCGACAAAGUCUUCGAGCUCAGGACUUGGAAAGAAGCCGUCCACCACACUUGCAUCAGCCUAACCAUCGGCACCGGCGGCGUGCAUUCGAUGGGCUCGUACAAUCCGAAACGGCACAAUUCUUUCCGAGACUCCUGGGUGGUGGUGAGUGCCGAUGCAUUCAUGUCGAUCGUCGGCGGGGUCGCCGUCUUCACGACGCUCGGCUACUUGUCGGAGCUGACCGGCAAGGAGAUCGAGGAUUUGUCGACGUCUCACUUUGGCCUAACAUUCGUCACCUACCCCGAGGCAAUGUCACAAAUGACGUUCCCCUGGUUGUGGGCGUUCCUCUUCUUCUUCAUGAUGCUGCUGCUCGGCGUGUCGACAGUCAUGGUCGACAUGCAAGCCAUCAUUGCGGCGCUGAUCGAUAGCUGCGAUUUCCUGAAAGAGCGCGAGUGGCUGGCCCGAGUCAGUGUCAUACUGGCCCUCCUCGCCGGCAGCACGGUGUCGUGCACCAAGGCUGGCUGCUAUUUUGUGACCCUGAUGGACGAAUGCUGCGGGGGAGUGGCGAUGGGUCUUUUGAUCCUGCUCGAACUGAUCCUCGUCUGCCACAUCUACGAUCGCUGGGGCCGCCACCGUGAAGACCUGCAGAACAUCUUCGGACGGCCGAAGGGGAUCCUUGGAUCAUGGCUCGGCAAAUCGGGGCUCCUCUACUGGUUGUCGUGGAAAUUCUUGACCCCUAUCUUCUGCUUGGUGAUCAUGUACAACGCCGGCCAGUUCCCGGAGGUGACAUAUGGCGGUCGCAAGCCCCGUCUGGAUUACCCCAAUGAUGCGGAGAAUCCAUACAACCCUCACAAAUACGAGUACCCGCCGGAGGCCAACCUCUUCGGAUACAUCUGGGGCAACCUAUCCCUUGUCUUCGUGCUCUGCUUUGGCGCCUACAACGUCUACCGCGCGGCGCAGGACGGGAAUUGGCGCGACGCGUUCACCCUCCACCCCUCGCAUCCGUCAUACGCGCGUCUGUACGGCAGCGCGGAUGAGGCUACGGAGAAGGAGCGAGCCAGCUUGGCUUCGAACUCUUCUUCAGCAGCUUCGCCAGAGGGCACGGAGAGCCAGUCCGAAUCCCAGUUGAAGUCGACGGAGGACCGC